UUCCCUCCAAUCCAAUCCUCAGAAAACGCCAUAUUCCUGUCUUUUCUGGCUUUAUUUCUCUUAUCUUUCUGUUCACCCAAAACCAUCAUGUAUAUAUAGUGCAUGCUAAAAUCCAAAAUCUCGCACCAAAAUAUCUCACACCAACACACUUCUCCUUCUACUUACUCAGAAACUCGGAGAAAAAAAGCAUCUUCUUCAUCGAACUCAAAUUCCCAAUUCCUAAACCCUAACUUCAUGGAAGUUUCGCGCCUCGCACUUCCAAUUUCAGACAAAAGCUUCUUUUCCCCUUCAAUUCGCCAUUCCUCUGCUAAUUCUCUCCCUGCAUUGCCCUCAUUCUUCGCCGUAUCAGUCAGCAAGAGCCGCCUCCGUUCCCUCCGCCGGAAAUGUUACUGCUCUGCCUCCAGCCGCGACACCUUGCUCGCCGGUGGCGGCGAGGCCGCCGUCGUCUCCGCCGGAAAGAAGGAGGAGGAGCAAGGCGACUUGAAAUCCUGGAUGCACAAGCAUGGCCUCCCUCCUUGCAAAGUUGUUCUGAAUGAAAGACCUUGGCACCAUGAUACACACAAACCGAUACAUUAUGUAGCUGCUAGUGAAGAUCUUCAGGCUGGUGAUGUUGCAUUCUCUGUUCCAAAUUCGUUGGUGGUCACGCUGGAAAGGGUCUUAGGAAACGAGACUAUUGCUGAGCUAUUGACCACAAACAAAUUGUCCGAAUUGGCAUGCUUGGCAUUGUAUCUGAUGUAUGAGAAAAAACAAGGAAAGAAGUCUUUCUGGUAUCCAUACAUUAGGGAGCUUGAUCGUCAGCGAGGCAGGGGCCAGAUGGCAGUAGAAUCACCUCUACUGUGGUCAGAUUCUGAGCUAGCUUACCUUACUGGAAGUCCCACAAAGGUUGAAGUUCUACAAAGGGCUGAAGGAAUAAAAAGAGAGUAUAAUGAACUUGACACAGUCUGGUUUAUGGCUGGUUCUCUUUUUCAGCAAUAUCCAUAUGACAUUCCUACUGAGGCCUUUUCCUAUGAGAUUUUUAAACAAGCCUUUGUUGCAGUUCAGUCAUGUGUGGUUCAUUUGCAGAAAGUAAGUUUAGCUCGUAGAUUUGCUUUAGUUCCCCUGGGACCUCCUUUACUGGCAUACAGAAGUAAUUGCAAGGCAAUGUUAACUGCUGUUGAUGGUGCUGUGGAGCUAGUCGUUGAUCGCCCAUAUAAGGCCGGGGAUCCAAUUGUUGUCUGGUGUGGGCCACAGCCUAACUCAAAGUUACUUCUAAAUUAUGGUUUCAUUGAUGAAGAUAAUUCAUAUGAUCGUCUAGUAGUUGAGGCAGCUUUGAAUACCGAAGAUCCACAGUACCAAGAUAAAAGAAUGGUUGCACAAAGAAACGGAAAACUAUCGAUUCAAGUUUUUCAUGUGUACACAGGGAAGGAACGAGAAGCUGUCUUAGAUAUGCUUCCUUAUCUGCGGCUCGGAUAUGUUUCAGAUCCUUCUGAGAUGCAAUCUGUCAUUUCCUCUCAAGGUCCAGUUUGUCCUGUUAGCCCAUGUAUGGAACGGGCAGUGUUGGAGCAGCUUGCUGAUUAUUUCAUGACUCGGCUAGCAGGCUAUCCUACUACUUUGGCUGAAGAUGAGUCUAUGUUGACGGAUGAUAAUUUGAAUCCAAAGAAGCGAGUUGCUACUCAGCUUGUUAGAUUAGAAAAAAGAAUGCUCCAUGCGUGUUUGCAAGCAACCAAUGAUUUCAUAGACCAGCUACCAGACCUCAGUGUAUCUCCUUGCCCUGCUCCCUAUGCACCUUUAUUGAAAUGAGGUCUAAUAUGUGCAUUACAGCGUUAUCUAUUCAAAUCAUGGCUCGUGAGGUGAUUGGUGAGCCUAGAAUUGAUCAUAAGACCACCAAAUUAGAAGGGGUGCUCUUGAGCUCUUUGCAUUUCGUCCUGAAGAUCAAAACUCAAAGUAUUUCUCUUUGGCCCUUGAGUUAUGUGUUGCUGAAUUACAUGAGGGAUAGAGCAUCCAUGCUUUUUGUUUUCUGUUACAAUCUUUGUAGGUUUUCUCUUUGACAAUUUGAAUGAUAGUUAAGCCAUAUUUGUAAAUGAAAACAUGAAUUACAAAUUCCAAUA